AUGCUAAGCAUAACCUAAAACUCCAUCAAUUUAAUCUGGCUUUUGUUAGAAAAGGAUGAGAAUUUCCAAAACUCACUGACGUUGACAAAAUCAGCAUAUCAAAAAGAUGGCUCUGAUAUAUUAGAUCAAAAUGAUUCAAAUAAUUUGGUCAAACUAGAAAAUAAAAGUCCUCUUUUAAGUCCUCACGGCUAAAACAGAAAAGAAUCAGGGGAAAACUAUAUUUAAAACAUGCCAUUAAUGAGAGAAACUUAUCUCUAAAAGAAAAAUAAUUUGAAUAUAUCAAUGAACAGUAAUAGCUAGAAGCUAAAUAGCAACUUUGAGUUGUCAAGACAAAACAGUAACAAUCCACUUAGCAGAUAAAGGACAGAGAAAAUUGCGUCUGAUCAUGAUUUGUAAGAGCAAGAAGAAGAAUAGCAAUAAGAAGAUACUAAGUAAAAUGACGAGGGUUAAGAGUUACAAAAUGAAUAUUUACAAAUGAAAGACCAGCAUGACUUGGUUGGUUUCCUGCUUACUUGCAAAAAGAUAUCGUCAGUCGUCGAAGAUGAAGAUCAGAAUAAACUGCAGAAUAAUCUAUGGAAACUAAACAAUAAGGAAUCAGAGAAAAUAAAUAAAAAGAUAAAACAGAAGAAAUUCAUAAAGAAGGAGAAUACUUUGAGUGAAGACAUUGUUACAAACUCAAACUAAGCAUAUCAAAGCUAUGUAAAUAGACUAAUGAAGCAAUCUACUUAAAAAGAAAAAUAGCAAUAACUAAUCAAACAGCAGACCAUGAAAGCCAAUGAGAUAGCUGUAGCUAACCUUCUGGGUAGCUUCAACAAACCAGAUAACAUAGUUUUUGAAUAGAACCCUCAACUUAAACGAGGAAUAACUGCAGCAGUACUUUCUCCAGCUUACCUUACUAAAGAUGAUGAGAACAAAAAGCUAAUAAUGUAUAAGAAAACUGAUGAGGAUGAAGAUUACGUUGAUCUUUUAAGAUAUCAACAUUAGGUCUAUUAGCAUAACUAACUUAUGAAUAAGUAAUCCAAGUAUCAUGACAACGACUGUAAAUGCACAAUAUUUUGA